UACUGGCCAUCGAGAAAAACAAGUGACUGCUAAAAGUGGGGGAAGUUUCUGGCAGACUCGCUAUGACCGUGGGAAAAAUGUUGCUAAUUUGGGCAUUCACUUUAGUCUGUGCAGCAUCAUGCUCGGAUCGGUUCUCGCUACCCGAGCUGCCUCCUGGCGAGGCACCCGACCGCAUCCUCAAGUUCAUGGAAGAGACGUACAAGACCGGCCGAGGCAAGUCCGCGUCCGAGGCGGGGGAGCCCCUGCUCCUCACCCCGCUCAUUGAGCAGAACAAGCUCGAGGAGGCUAGAGAAGCAGCGAAGGUUGACUCCGAUUAUAUACUGCCUGAUAUGGACAGCUAUGCUGGGUAUUUGACGGUGAACAAAGAGUGCAACGCGAACCUCUGGUUCUGGUAUUUCCCGGUGACCGACAAGAAGGUGGAGGACACUCCGUGGAUCAUCUGGCUGCAAGGUGGUCCUGGUGUAUCGUCGCUGUAUGGCCUGUUUACUGAAAUCGGGCCGUUUGUCGUCAAUGAAGACGGCAAUUUGGCAGAACUAAAACAUUCUUGGGGCAAGAACCACUCGCUGCUGUUCAUCGACAACCCCGUCGGUACAGGCUUCAGUUUCACUUCCGAUGAUAGAGGAUAUGCCACCAAUCAAACCACGAUCGGCGAGAACUUGUACACAGCACUGCAGCAGUUCCUGACAUUGUUCCCCGAGUUGAGGAAGGCGCCACUGACGAUCGCCGGCGAGUCGUACGCCGGCAAGCACAUCCCGUCCAUCGGCAUUCAGAUCCUGUGGAACAGGGAGAGGGACCAAGACCAGCCGAUUAAUCUACAGGGCCUAGCCAUCGGCAACGGGUUCAUCGACCCCCUGUCGCUGCAGCGCUACAGCUACUUCGUGCGCGAGGUCGGGCUGGUGGACGACAACGUGGCCGACUCCAUGCGACACUUGGAGCUGGCCGUCACGCAGUUCAUCAACAACGGGGAGAUGGUUAAAGCUUAUGCGUAUUACAACUACCUGCUAACCACAUUCCUCCGCGAAUCCCAACUGGACAAUCUGUACAACUUCCUCCAAACCGAGAUCGGGCUCGGCGGUCCGCACAUAGAAUACCUGGAGCGCAACGAAGUGCGCCGCGCUCUGCACGUGGGCAGCACCAACUUCACGUCGGUCGGCGUGGUGUACAGGAAGCUGGUGCCGGACUUCAUGAACAGCGCUAGGAAGUGGCUUGAGGAGCUGCUGGAGAACUACAGAGUCAUGCUUUAUAAUGGACAUCUCGACAUCAUAGUGGCGUACCAUCCGUCCGUGAAUACUUACAACUCUCUCAACUUUUCCGGUGCGAAAACCUACAAAACAGCAAAACGCAACCCUUGGUACCACGACGACCUACUCGCCGGGUACGUAAAAACCGCCGGAAACCUGACGGAAGUGAUGGUUCUAGGCGCAGGACACAUGGUGCCCGCUGACAAGCCGGCGCCAGCGCUCGGUCUUAUCUCGGCCUUCGCCCGCUGCCUGUCUUUGGACGAUGACACGGGGAACCUCGUCAACAUAGAUAGAAAAUCUUUGCGGACCCGCCAACUCCCAGCGCAAUAAUCAUAUCGAGUCAUAUCUUUUGUAAAAGUGUUAAUAAAUCAAUUAUAAACAAGAGGUGAAAGUUUUGUCUU